AUGAGUGAAUAUAAUUAUGAAAAAGUAUAUUCCUUAUUUCCUGAAUGUGAAAAAUUUAUGCGGGAAGAACAGAUUUUUUUUAAUAAUAAUUGGGAGACUUACUGUGAGGAAUUUGAAGACAACUAUUCAGAUAUACUUGCUCCCAGUGUUUCAAAUAUAUGUUCUAAAUCUAUUGAAUAUUUAUUUCAAAUAUUUACUUCAACUGAAAACUCAUCACUGAAAAAUGUUGCUGUACAAUACUUGUAUUAUUGGAUAAAUCAAAAAAAACAGACAAAUGAAGAGGAUAAUACAGGAAUUAAUAAAUUUUAUGAAAAAUUGAUUUUAAACGCUAAGGAAAAAGAUAUAGAAUUUUUGAAGCAUUAUAAUAAUUACCUAAAAUAUAAUAUUGAGGAUUUAGAAAUAAUCAAUGAUUUAUACAAUAUUAAAACAUUAAUUAAUAACAUAAGUUCUAAUAGUAGAAAUCCUACUGGCAAUGAAAAAAAUUUUGCGAAAGAAUGUGAAAAAAGAUAUAAUCGUCUCUAUAAAAUAUGCGAAAAUACGCAUAACGCUGAUUUAUGUGAUGAAUUCAAAAAUAUUAGAAAAAAACUUCGUGAUCAUAAUAUUAUUAAUAAAUAUCAUAUAAGUAUACCAGAAAUGUUAUCUUAUUUGGAAAAACAAAACAUAAUAGUUCCUAUUUUAAUUCCUAUUGUUAUAACUUUAUUAUUCACACCACAUGGCUCAUACUUGAAAUAUGCUGUAAAAAGUAUAAGAAAUAAAUUUAAAAAUACAUAUAAAAAAUUGGAUACAAUGCAUUCUUAUGAAAAUUACGAUAACAACUCAUGGAAAAGGGGAUAUGAUGUGUUAUAUAAUUCUGCUUAG